GGCGCCGGCGACGAGAGUAGUUCGUUCCCAGAAGCCGGCUGCAGCGGUCCGUUGACAACUUCGAUUCCAGCUCCACCACCACGUCGAUACUCUUGUCUGUCUUUUGCAAACAUAGAGGCGUCACCCUUUGGCUAACGAAUCCGAAACUCUCAAGAGUCGUUGUUGUGCAACCUACUAUCAAAAACCGCAUUCGUACGGAUCCAAUUCACACCAAUAUCCGCAAGAUGUCGUACCACAAGCCCGAAGCCAAAACCGUCCAGGAUUUGAAAGAUCUGGCCCAGAAGCUGCGUAUUCACUCCAUCAACGCCACCCAGGCCUCCAAAUCGGGCCAUCCCACAUCAUGUGCCUCGAUCGCCGAGAUCAUGUCCGUGCUGUUCUUCCAGCAGUUGCGUCUGAACUUGAAGCACCCCCGUGAUCCCUCCAGCGAUCGCUUCAUCCUGUCCAAGGGACAUGCUGCUCCCAUUCUUUACGCCGCUUGGGCUGAGGCUGGCCUCUUCCCCAUCGAGGAUCUGAACAACCUGCGCAAGAUCGACAGCGAUCUUGAGGGUCACCCCACGCCCCGUCUGAACUUCAUCGAUGUGGGUACCGGAUCCCUGGGACAGGGAGUCGCCGUCGGCGCCGGAAUGGCCUAUGUGGGCAAGAACUUCGACAAGGCUGACUACCGCACCUACGUCGUCGUGGGCGAUGGCGAAUCCGCUGAGGGAUCCAUCUGGGAGUCGCUACACUUUGCCGGCCACUACAAACUGGACAACCUGUGCGUGAUCUUCGAUGUGAACCCUGGUCAGUCGGAGGCCACCUCCCUGCAGCACAAACUCGAUGUGUACCGCGAUCGUCUGGAGGCCUGGUUCAAUGCCGUGGUCGUCGAUGGACACGAUGUCGAGGAGCUGACCAAGGCCUUCCAUUGCGCUGCCAUCACCAAAAGCAAGCCCACCGCCAUCAUCGCCAAGACCUUCAAGGGCAAGGACUUCCCCAACAUUGAGGAUCUGGACAACUGGCACGGCAAGCCGCUGGGCGACAAGGCCGCCGAAGUGGUCAAGCAUCUGGAGGGUCUGAUUGUCAACAAGAACGUCAAGCUGGCCCCCAAGCCGGUGUCCAAGACGGGCGCCGCUCCUGUGGUGGACAUCAGCAAUAUUAAGCUGAACACGCCGCCAGCCUACAAGCUGGGUGACUCCAUUGCCACUCGUCUGGCCUACGGCACGGCUCUGGCCAAGAUCGGACAGAACAACGUGCGCGUGGUUGCCCUGGAUGGCGACACCAAGAACUCCACUUUCUCCGACAAGCUGAAGAACCUCGACCCGGAGCGCUACAUCGAGUGCUUCAUCGCUGAGCAGAAUCUGGUGGGCGUAGCCGUUGGAGCCGCCUGCCGUAACCGCACCGUGGCCUUUGUGUCUACCUUUGCUACCUUCUUCACCCGUGCCUUCGAUCAGAUCCGCAUGGGCGCCAUCUCGCAGACCAACGUGAACUUCGUGGGCUCCCACUGCGGCUGCAGCAUCGGUGAGGAUGGCCCCUCCCAGAUGGGUCUGGAGGACGUUGCCAUGUUCCGUACCAUUCCGGGCAGCACCAUCUUCUAUCCCUCGGACGCUGUGAGCACGGAGCGUGCCGUGGAACUGGCCGCCAACACCAAGGGCGUCUGCUUCAUCCGGACGUCGCGUCCCAACACCUGCGUGAUCUACGACAACGAGGAACCCUUCGCCAUCGGCAAGGGCAAGGUUGUGCGCCAGAAGAGCUCCGACGGUCUCCUGAUCGGAGCCGGUAUCACUUUGUACGAGUGCCUGGCUGCCGCCGAUCAGCUGGAGAAGAAGUGCAUCACCGUCCGUGUGAUCGAUCCCUUCACCGUUAAGCCCUUGGAUGCCGAGCUGAUCAUUGAGCACGGCAAGCAGUGCGGAGGACGUGUGGUCGUUGUUGAGGAUCACUACCAGCAAGGUGGUCUGGGUGAGGCUGUGCUGAGCGCCCUGGCUGGCGAGCGCAACUUUGUGGUCAAGCACUUGUUCGUGCCCACCGUGCCACGCUCGGGACCUCCUACCGUCCUCAUCGACAUGUUCGGCAUCUCUGCCCGCCACGUCGUCAACGCCGUCAACGAAAUCCUCAAGGAUUAGGAAACGAGACUCAUAAAGUCAUCAUCCAUUUACCGCCUACAGGAAUUCCCCCAGUUACUAUUGACCCUUACCCCCAUCAUUCUCCUCUAAGAUGGUUGAUAUACUUUUAAAGAUUUGCACUGUAACAUCAGGAAAAUAAAUUAUCUUUUAUAAAAGUAUUUUAACAGAA